UUUUGCUCAUGUCCCUGCAGCAUGGACAAUGGAUCUUUCAACAUGGAUGUUCUCCAGGUGGAGGGGUUAAAGGUCAGCCCCGAGUCCUCCGUUCCUGCCUUCAUCCUCCUCCUCCUCAUCUACGUCUUCAUCAUGGUGUCCAACAUCGGCCUGGUGGUGCUGAUCUGCAUGGAGCGGAGCCUCCACCUGCCCAUGUAUCUACUCUUCUGCAACAUGAGCAUCAAUGAUGUGUUCGGCGCCUCGGCAAUCCUCCCUCGCAUCCUGAGUGAUGUUUUCACUCCGAUCCCUGACCGGUACAUCCAUUAUUACGAGUGUGUCAUUCAGGCGUUUUGUGCUCACUUCCAUGCCAGUGCCGCUCACACGGUACUCAUGAUCAUGGCCUUUGAUCGUUACGUUGCCAUCUGCAACCCGUUGCGGUAUGCCGUCAUCAUGACCAACAGGGUGGUGGUGUUGCUGUCGGUGUCGGCGUGGGCGGUGGUUUUAGUGAUGGUGGUGAUCCUCAUUGGCCUCAGCGUCCGUUUGUCGCGCUGCAGGAGGGUGAUACUCCACCCGUUCUGCGACAACCCGUCCUUGUUCAAGCUGUCCUGCGAGAGCGUCCUCAUCAACAACGUCUACGGGCUCGGCUUCACGGUGGUGCUGCAGGGCUCGUCCCUCGGCAGCGUCGCGUUCACCUACCUGAGGAUCGCCAUGGUGUGUCUGAGUAGUAAGAACCGAGCUGUGAACAGCAAAGCGCUGCAGACCUGCGCCACCCACCUGGCUGUUUACACCAUCAUGUUCGCGUCAGGCUGCAUCAACAUCGUUCUCCAUCGUUUCCCUGACUUGUCAGACCAAAGGAAGCUGGCGGCCAUCUUGUUCCACGUGGUCUCUCCUGCUCUGAACGCUGUUAUCUACGGACUGCAGAUAAAAGCGGUCAGAGAAAGGUUCUUCAUGAGGUUUACCAGGAAAAACAUUUGUAUGACAGAGGCAAAAUGA